AUGAUCCACCCAUUUGCCGAUGGGAAUGGACGCAUGUGCCGCUUGAUACUGAAUGCCAUUCUACUCAAGUAUGCUGGCAUCGUGAUCUCUGUGGGUGAGAAUGACGAGGGUCGGCGCCAGUAUCUGGAUAUCCAGCGACGAUCUGGCGAGCAUAUGAAGGGCUCAGGAGAGCUGGAGACCUUGAUACUGAAGAAGUUGAUUCCGCGAUACCGAGCUCUUAAGCAGAAGGUUACAGGGAAAAAGGGAUCCUGGAAAGCGGACGCUUCGAGUCCUUCGUAUAUUGCCGUCUCCAUGUGA